AUGGCUGGUGAAUGGCUUGCACGGGUUGCCGUUGCGUCACAUGUGGCAGGCCCAAUGUCGUAUGCCGAUGCUGCUUCCAAGGGACCUAAGCAAACGCCUGAAGAGGCCGCUGCCGCCCCCGUUCCCGAAGUCGUCCACACUGAAAGCGCUUCAACUUCGUCCCUUAUCGACGUGGAUAUGCCCAGCGUCCAUACAGUAAACUCCGAGUUUCUAGACCAGGAUGUCCAGACUGAGACGCAAGCCAAGCGUCUCGAACGGGAGGCCGAAGCUUUCAAGGCAAAGGCUGAAAAGGCCGCCAGCAAAGCUUCUGGCAAGGUCUCUGAUAAGGCUAAGAAGGCGGCUGGUAAGGCCAAGGAAGCCGAUAGCUGGUUGACUGCACAGUUCUCCAAGCUGACAGACAAGGAAGCUGGAGGUCUCGCAGUCUCGAAUCUUGUAGCUCUCGUUGGCGUUAGCUCAGCUCUCGGAUACAAAGCCUGGGGUUUAUACUCGGAAGGCCGCCUUUCGUGGCAGUAUGUUGGCGCUGGCGUCGGCAUUCUCGCAGCUGUUGGUGCUGCCGAGUCCUUUGUUGGAACAUAUCUGUACAAAGGAAAGGGAAAGGGAAAGAAGGACAACUAG